AAUGCGAACGGUCUGGGGUCAUAGACGCACCAUGCACACUAUUCUUGAACGACACGCCUCAAGGCCCGAGCUUGCCCAAGCGUUAGGGUUUUCGGUUGACGUGGGUAAUGACGAGAGACUCGUCUCGUCGUCGACCUCUCCUCCAGAACCCCAAAGAAGGAAAUCCGGAAGCAAAGUCAACACGAAUCCCAGUCAUCCAUGGAUUUCUGACCAUGUGCCGAGGCUCUCCGAAUACCUCGACGCCUACUUCUCUGGCCGAUCCACAGUCGAGGGGCUCGAUGCCAGUGAGGACGAAAAUGAGGGGCCAAUCGGAGGUAAUCAACAGCUACGUCGUUUUCAUGGGAGAUCCAGUGGAUACAGCCUAGCAAGCGACGCUCAGCGCAUAGCAAGUUCCUACAGGACUUUCCCCCUGAUUCCAUUAGACGGGGCGCAUGCGCGGGAGUGGCCCGAGGAUGCGUUCAGAGAUGAACGGCACUUCAGAAGCCUUAUCGCACUGAUUCCACCUCCUGAUCUGCUACGGGAGCUCCUGAAUGUGUAUUUCAGUCAUCCCCCUGGGACGUUGCAUCCCUUUAUCCACCGUCCAACUUUGGAGGCUCAGAUUAGAGGCCGUCUGCAUGAGAGGGAUUACUCCACGGCGAAGCUCGUACUGAUGAUAUGCGCAAUGUCUGCCUUUCACUUACAGGAUAUUCGCGUGUGUGCAAUGUUCAGAGGAGUCUUAACUCCUGGGUACCAAUGGUUCUCUGCCGUAGAAGAAUCGUGGUCGCUACUGCAUUGUCGUCCCGUGCUCGCAGAGCUACAGGCCUGUGUUCUAGCUGUUAUGUACUGUUCACACGUCAUAGGAAAUCCUGCUCUAGGAUGGGUCUACCUCGGAGGGGCCGUACGAGUCGCAGAAGAUGCCGGUGCCCACAGGAGAAGCUCAUGUCCUGACGAAAUCUGGAAGAGGACAUUCUGGGCAAUGCUUAUCCAAGACCGUCACCUGAGCAGCUGGCUAGGCAGGCCUCCCCUGAUAUUGGAGGAAGAUGUCGAUCUCGAUUUACCAAUUGCUCUACCUGACGAGGAUGGGUUGCAGGCCGGUACUGUGGAGGUCUACAGAUUCCUUCUCCCCCUCUCCGUCAUGGGUGGAACGGCGCUUCGUACGAUGUACUCCGUUACUGGACAUCAUCCUGCGCGCGAGGCGGUAUUAAUCGCAGAGCUCGACGAAAGUGCGAGAAGAUGGAGGUCGUCCUUGCCACCGCGACUACGUUGGGAUCCGAACAUCCGGGAUAUCGUUGACUUUGAACGCUCGGCUGGACUUCAUCUCUUCUAUUAUCAUCUCCGCAUCCUAAUUUACCGCCCAUUCUCUCAGAUCGGUUCUCCCGGCGCCUCCGACGAACGGAGCCGGAGAACAUGCGUUGCUUUAGCACGAGAGUGUAUCCGGGUCAUCACUGCGAAGCGACAAAGAGGAUUAGUCAUGAGCCCGCAAACGAUAUUCCCGGCGGUUACGUGUGCAGUGAUCCUCUUAACGAUGUCAUGGUUGCCAACAACAGACAGAGUUCUCUACCCUUCCCUGAUAGAGCCAGGGGUUGUUGAGGAUAUCCAGGAGUGUCUGCAUGUCCUAAUAUUGGCAAACAAGCCAUGGUGCCGACCGUAUGUUGGUCGCUAUCUAGCCAUGCUUAAGGAUUUGGCUUCUUGUGCAGGAAUUCCAAUCCAAGGACUCGAGAACUCGGUUGUGUCGCCUCACCAUGCAACACCGGUUCCGCUUGAAGCUCCAUGGCAACCUGGCGUUGGAACUGGGCCCUUGCGACAUUCGGCCGCCAGUUUCCUGUCGAACCAUCCGAAUGUUUCUUCACAACCGCCACAGGCUACACCCAGCGGUUGCGUUCCUCGAAUGAAUCGAUCAGGUACACCAUAUGCCAUGAACGACACAAGCCAAGUUCCGAGGGUCCGAACUCCACGACAUCCACCCUACCCCGGUCACCAAAGUCCCCCAUAACACCACUGCGGGCGAGGGUAGCCAACCUAGAG